CGCCUGAUGGCCUGGUGCCCGGUCAGAAGCAGCAGCAGCAGCAGCACUCUGUCUGUCCUCUGCAGCUCAGUCAAGUGGACACACUGUCUGUCUCCUGGGACACUUUUCUCCGGAGGUUAUCAAACUAAUCAGGUGGCUUCCAGACAUGAGUUGCACUUUCCUCCUCCUGGUUUCCCGCAGCGACACCUAUCAUGGCCGUGUCCUGCUCGUCUUGUCUCGACGGUCCCUGUUGCUCAGAGCACUCAGCUCUGGCCCCCAGAUCAGCCGCAGCCUGCGAGAGAGCUACAGGCUCCUGCAGCUGCCUGAUGAGGGGCAGAGCAGUCCUGCGCAGGUGAAAGAGGCCUACCUGCAUCUGGCCAAACUGUACCACCCAGACUCUGGGGCUACGACCGCAGAUUCAGCACUGUUUGCCCGUGUGGAGGAGGCCUACCGCGCUGUGCUGGCACAUCAGAGUAAGACCAAACCAGCUGGCUGGGGGCAGGAAGUGGAAGAGGAGGACAAGUCCAGAGGUGCAGCACUCCCACACAGACACUACCUCAGCUAUGACGGUAUGGGCUCAGGCACGCCCAGCCAGCGUGAGCGUCAGUACCAGCAGAUUCGUGUCGACCGGGCGUCUGAGGAGAUUUUGAACUACCGGCAGAGGGAGCAUGAGAGGGCAGCUGCUGCAGAGGGAGCUCUUGUGGAACGGGAUUUGCGUCAGCGCAGCAGGAAGAUCAAGAUCACCCAGGCUGUGGAGCGGCUCGUGGAGGACCUGAUCCAGGAGUCCAUGGCCCGCGGGGACUUCACGAACCUGAGUGGAGCUGGAAAGCCCCUCAACAAGUUUGAGCACAAUCCGUACGCUGAUCCUAUGACCCACAAUCUCAACCGCAUCCUCAUAGAAAAUGGUUACCAGCCAUCCUGGGUCGUGAUGCAACGCGACAUCCGAGAGACGACUGCUCAUUUCCGAAAGCGGUUAUUGGAGGGGAGGGCCAGGCUUGGUGAGCCCAUGACCCCCAUAGAGCACAGCCAGUGGGAUCAGCUGUGUGCAUCUGUAGAGGAGCAGUUGGUGAAACUAAACAAGAUGGUGGACGAUUACAACCUGAUUGUACCGAUGCUCAACAUGCAAAUGGUUCACUUCAGCAUGUCCAGAGAGAUGGAGCGUGCUGUGAAAGGAGCCCACCAACACAGACUGGAGCAGCAGAGAGAGAGAGAGAAAGAACGAGAGCGGAGAAAGGACGAGAAAAAACGAGCCAACGCAGUAAUUAAACAUAAAAACACCAAACGAGGCCUUUUGUCUUGGAUGCUGAAUUUAUUCCGAUGAAAACACAAAAAAUCUAAAGGUGUUUUCAGACAUGCACUGAACUCUGGAGACUUUUCCUAAAUUAUUUGACACCUUGACACCUCGUUCACCUGCUUUGCUCACAGUCUGAAUCAAGAAGUCAGACAGACGGUUGAAACAAUUUUACUUCUGAUUACAACAUGAAGUAGUUUUUAAUGAUACAAGUCAUUUCUGUGAAAUCACUGACCUUAAACUACAAACCUAACACUGAGACUUUUUCGUUGCUAUGUGACAUUUAGAGUUAAGGUAAUUAAAGAUCUCGUGUAAUAGUG